AUGACGAUCCUCCAUGUAUUUCCGCAGCCUGUCCCAGCGACUCACGAGCUGCACGUCUCCGGCUCCAUCAACGGCCGGGAGUUUGACCUGGCCGGGCGGGGCACAGGCAACCCUGUCCCAGCGACCCACGAGCUGCACGUCUCCGGCUCCAUCAACGGCCGGGAGUUUGACCUGGCCGGGCGGGGCACAGGCAACGCAAAGGAUGGUUCAGAGGAGAUCCAGGUGAAGUCCACCAAGGGUGCUCUGGGUUUCUCCCCGGUCCUCCUGGUGCCGAACCUCGGGUACGGCUUCCACCAGUACCUGCCCUAUCCGGACGGGAUGUCGCCUUUCCAGGCCGCCGCGGACGACGGCUCGGGGUACGUAGUCCAUCGUACAUUGCAGUUUGAGGACGGUGGAUCUGUGACGGGGAUCUACCGAUAUUCCUACGACGGAAGCCACAUCAAAGGAGAGUUUAACGUGACCGGGAGCGGUUUUCCCGCUGACGGCCCUGUGAUGACCAACUCGCUGACGGCAGUGGACCCCAGCGUGGCCACGGUGUUCUGUCCCAACGACACCACUGUUGUUUCCACCAUUGACUGGAGUUGCACCACUACCAGUGGCAAGCGCUACCACGGCACUGUGCGGACCAACUACACCUUCGCCAAGCCGAUCGCCGCCAGCUUCCUGCAGCAGCAGCCGAUGUUCGUGUUCCGUAAGACGGAGCUGAAGGCCUCCGACACCGAGCUCAGUCUCAAGGAGUCCCAGAAGGCGUUCCAUGGCCUGUGAUGUGUCUAGUACGGUUGUCUUGCGUUUGCGUAAAUGCACUGACCCGAGUAAUAUUGAAGCCACGGUACGGCACACUAUAUAGGGUGCCUGUAAUGUCUAGAUCUCGAAACAGCAUUUUCCUACUUUAAGCGAAUUUUUACAUGUUUUAUAUAUAUGACAAUCUAUUUUCCAUGCACUGUACCUCAUUCUGGCAUCUAACAGUAGUAAUGUAAACUACUGUCAUACAUUCUAAUACACUUGAUAGAAUAGUCCAGAUUUGUCUGAAAAAAAGGAGUUUACAUCUCUGUUAGUCUGCUGGUUUGUGAGAAAACUUCAAGUAUUUUACCUUUCAACGUACUGCGUUUUAAGCUGUUGCCGACAUCAUGAUCGAUGCAGUUCAGUCGAAGAUGGGGAGGUAAAUAUCUGUUUUGUGAUGAAAGUCGACAAUACUUCGGCGUGGAGUUGAAUGAUUGAGAAAAAAACCGUGUCCGUUCUACUGGUUAUGUUAUGCAUUCACUCAAUGUUUUCUGUUAGUAUAUUGUUACCACAAUAAUUAUUUCAUCUCCAGAUUGCAGUCUCAAAAAUACCAAGUGAUGUCAGUUACGACAACACAUAUAUA